CUCACAACCUGCUUUCCACUCAGGUCUCUAACUCCAAUCCGGGCCUCGAAAGCCUCGCCCCCGCCAGCGAACUCCGCCACUUCUGCGAGGCCCCGCCCCUGCCUGUCCGUCAGGGCGGUAGGCACAUGCGCGAAAGUGCGUCUUCACCCCCGCCCCUUCUUCCGCGCGGACCCUCCCCAUCCCCGCUCUGUCACCUCACAGUUGUGGUUGCCGGUGGCGGGGGCGCGAGUAGCGCAGGGCGGCCUCUCCCCCGCCCCUCAGGCCGGGCCCGGGCUCGGUCCCCCGCUCCCUCAGUUCCCCACUCCCGUCGGGUACGGGAAAGUCCAGCUUGCUGCCGGGUACCAGAGGGACGUCGUGGCCGCCGCCGCCACGGGUCCGGAUGGAGCCGCCGAAUCUCUAUCCGGUGAAGCUCUACGUGUACGACCUAUCCAAGGGCCUGGCCCGGCGGCUCAGCCCCAUCAUGCUAGGGAAACAACUGGAAGGCAUCUGGCACACCUCCAUAGUAGUGCACAAGGAUGAGUUCUUCUUUGGCAGUGGCGGUAUCUCCAGCUGUCCCCCGGGAGGGACAUUGCUUGGGCCCCCAGACUCUGUGGUUGAUGUGGGGAGCACAGAAGUCACAGAAGAAAUCUUUCUGGAGUACCUGUCCUCCCUGGGGGAGUCUCUGUUUCGAGGGGAGGCCUACAACCUCUUUGAGCACAACUGUAACACCUUCAGCAACGAAGUGGCCCAGUUCCUGACUGGGCGGAAGAUCCCUUCUUACAUCACUGACCUCCCCUCCGAAGUUCUCUCCACGCCCUUCGGCCAGGCGCUGCGGCCCCUCCUGGACUCCAUCCAGAUCCAGCCUCCUGGAGGGAGCACCGUGGGCCGACCAAACGGCCAGAGCUAACAGGACUGCAUGGGACCACCCUGGCUCGCCAGGGCUUUUCCUUUUUAAACAAAACAAACCCUGCCAGAUUUCUAUUUUAUAAUUUUACAUCAGAGCUAACAACCAGGGGACGGCUUUUUAAAUUUCCCAGGGAAGGAGAUCGUCAGGCUGCAUGUAGGACAAUGCUGCUAAGAAACAGAACAAAAUGCCAUCCCUUCUAAUAGUGUUAUACUAAUUUAUUAAGGCUGUCUUGUCUGUGAGUUCACUUCUGACGCUGUUUUCUAAGCGUCCUCCACACUGGAGAAAGGGAGGGGGCUUGUUUAAGCAGAAAGCAAGCCCUAACCUAGAGCUUCUUUCCAGAAAAAACGCCCACACACUACCCAGGUUGCCACCACCUGUGGAGCCCGGGUGAAUUUCACAACAUGCUUGAUCCUGAAGCAGUUACUCUCUAGUGUGAAAUGAACCAAAGGUUUUGGUGCACACAGGACCAGUUUCAGGAUGACUAACUCAACUUAAGGGAACUCUUUAGUCAUGUCCCCUCUCCCCUUUCCUCCCCUCCCCUUGGGUACGGGGCCAGGCCUGGAGUAGCCAGAAACCUCAGGAAUGAGGGAGAAUGAGAGCAGGUGUCAGGCCAGAGAAAACAGGAUAAAGCCAUUCUCCCUUCUGCCUGGACUGAUCGCCAGUCUUGAUGGCAUUUUGGAAAACCUGCCUUGCUGCCCCCACGGCGCUCUCCUUCAGCAUGGCUGGCCUUCCAUAGCUAAGGAAGGUCCGGCCUGGGGGCAGCCAAGACCCAGGCCUUAUGUCUGCAAAUGCUGAGAUACGUUAAUUAUAGUCACUGUACCCACCCCACCCAAUCCAAUAUGCAGUAUUAGGCAGGGACCAAGGGGAAAUGAUUCCCUGCUCUAGGAGGAUAUUCAUGAUGUAGAAAGAAUAAUAAUACAGAACCAAGAUGCAAGAGAAUUUAGAGUUGUUUCUCAUAGGGAUUUUUACAUCUCCUCAGAGUGUUCUGGAGGCAUGUGGUAAUUGGGUUGUGAUUCUAACUUGAAGAGGACAUGGCAGGGGCAUAGGUCGGCAUCUUCCUGAUGACCUGCUGCUAGGAGUUCACAGACGGAAACAGUCUGGAGGUCUGGAGAGACUUUCAGGUUCCCUUUCCUCACAUGAGCCUCCCAUGGGUUAGAUUUGGGGGACGUGAGUAUGGAGAAGGGACUUGAGCUGCCAAGUGCCCAAGUCUCAGCUCCGGCAUCCUUGGGCCCAUGCCCGUGCAGCCACAGCUCCCUGCAAUUAUGUUCUUUCUUGGGGGUCUGGCCUGCAGCAGGUGCCUUUCCUCUCCCAGACCCUGCUGCUCACCUCUGGCCCCAUCCCCUCCUGUCUCUGCCUUCAGCAUCGCAGUUGGCAUUAUCAGGGUCUCAGGUAGAAGAGAAGAUGUUAUUCUGCCAUAGUGUUUGCCUGUGGCCUGACCAAGGGCCUAUCAGUGAUGACCAGCUGUGGUAUCAAGUGACAUUUUGGAACUUUAAAAUUGGAGGUCAAACCAGUGAGUAGUUUAAUUCUUCUCAAGACUCACUGAACUGCCAAUGUGCAUGGUAAUGGUAAAUUAGAGCAGAAAUGAGCUACUGGCAAAUUAGGCCCACAGAGAAGGGGUCUCUGAGGCUGGGUUUCUCUGGAGAGGACAACAAGUUGGCCUAGGCUAUUGCUUUGAUUCACACCUGGCUUUCUGUCCUGUCAGUCACUCCAGCUUGCCUUGCCUCCAGCUCUCUCUUCCAGGCUCCUGCUCCAGACCUCUCUGUCCUGAGCAAACUCUCGGCUCUGUCCAGAGGUUCUGGGCAGCACAAGCUCUUUUUCUUCUUGCCUCCCCCUCCUGCCCCCAUGUCCAGGUUCAGCCGGUUUCACCCUCCCAGCAGUCACCCCCAGACCCAGGGCUCUAUUGAGAAGCUAGCCUAAGUGGCUCAUCUGAGAGAAUUUGAGUCAGUCCAUUGAACAGCCCCCCUCAUGCCCAGCAGCCAUUUGUACCAAUGCCUGUGUCCCAGGGUUUUAGGGGAGAAACAUAGCGGUCAGUAAGCAGGCUUCCCCUGCUUUCCCCCCACUCAAGCCCCACUGUCACUAACUUUGGAAGCCCAGGCUCAGGCUAGGACCCAAACCCCAUCCUCACAUUUCUCUGUCUAUGCCAGAACCUUGGGAGCAUGCUCAUUGUGACCUGCUAACUCCACAGGGGGGUGUACAGUCGAGCAAAGUGGGAAGUGAGUUGUGUGUGUAAUUGGAACCACCUCCAUAGAGGUCCGUUGGUUUAAAGGGACAAGGAAGGAGGAGGGAUGAGAUCAUCCCCCACUCCUAGAAAUUAAACUUGAAUCUCUGAAUUCUCUUAAAUGCUCUUGAAGCCAAACUAAUAGCUGUGUCUAGUAUGGAGGUGUUUGCUGGUUUUCUUUGGUGUUUUUUCUAAUGCAAUAAACUCAAUUCUGCCUGCUG